CUCGACGACAUCCUCCUUGCCCAGCCAGCACCAACGCUGGUGCCGUCUCGCCUCUGUUUCAGCAUGUUUUCUCCCUCUGCGUUGGUCACGGACAGCAUGGUUUUUCCCUGGUAUGAAAUAGUAGCAUUAUGCCACAGAUGUAGACAAGCCUACUAGCGUGUCUCAUCUGGAGAAGCAAACAGACGAUAGAGGCGGGGGAAAACAGGAUGGAGGGAGAAAGAGUAGCAAAGCGACUCGGGAUUGAGGUAAGCUCCCGAAAACACGUCAGCCAGCACGUCCGUGACACAGUCUCAGGAGAUGCCUCGGAAGAAGAAGGGCCUAAGGAUACCGGGAAGAUAAGCACUGGAUGGAUUAGUAUGCCAACAGAGAUAUGUACUAUGCAUAUAUUUUAGCCUGGGCGCUCGACAAGACAUGUACUUGGUCGUUACUUUUGCAGUCUCUCUGAGGACCUAUAACAGAUUUACGAGCAGCAGUUCAAGGACGCGAAGGACGAAAGCCGCUCUCGGAAAACGCAAGCGCAACACAACGUGAUCCCAUCCCUUUCCAUUCGACGCUGCUUCAUUCGACUUUCCUUGCUCUUUUUCACUCGUUCUCUCCGAUUGCUAUCAUUUGCCACCCUUUCGUACUAUUUCGUUUCGGUAGGAACGAUCGUCAAAGAGUGUAAAUAGAUCCAUUCACUACCAUUUUGUCGCUACGGUUUCGAUUCGAAAUAUCAUUGCUGCUCUUUGUACUCUAUUGGCUUACUUUAAGGGAAAUUUGAAUAUUGC